UGGUCAAGUGAAAAUCGGAUGAGUGCAGGCGAGUUGGGAAUGCGUCUGGUUGAGUAUUACGCGAAUGUGGAUAUAUUUCGAUGUGCGAUCAACUUGGAGAAAGGAACAUUACAAAGAAAGUGA